UUGGCCUGGAUACGCAGUGGAUGCUGAGGGAAGAAGGAAAAGGACAUUUCAUACCCUAACUAGGCUCGUACUGAAAUGCAACGGCACAUCGUCAUGGAUGCAUGCCGUAUCAGCGCAAGCCCCUGCCUGCUGUAGUCUAAUGAGGUUAAUAAGGUUUGCAGCAUCUCUAGCGUAAACAAAUUGUUGCGCAAAUGCAACGUUUUUCUCCAUCUUCUUUCAGCGCAGCCUCCGCAUCACCGUGAUUAUCAGUGACUCUGCAGGAAAGCGCCAUGCUGACCAGUAUUACUGAUGGGAUCCUCUGCUGCCUGACGGGGAAGACUGGCAAUCUGGUCUUGCCUCUGGAGUCAUCAGAACCCUCAGAUGGUUUUGAGUUUGUGGAGGUGAAGCCAGGGAGAGUCCUGCGAGUGCGGCACAUCAUCCCUGAGCGUCCUUCUGUAGAUCCAGAAAAGCAGGCUGCAGGGAAGGAGAGCUGGAACAAUGAUGAUGCCUCCCCUGAGGAUGCUGGGAACACCAGCAGCAGUGUCCACUGCAAAAGGAAGAUCACCGUUUAUCGCAACGGCCAGCUGGUGAUCGAGAAUCUCGGAGAUGUUUUACACUCUGAGAUCCUACAGUGUCAGGACGGGGAUUUGGAGCCCUGCAGCACCGUGGAGGUGGAGCUGGCCGACUACAAAGAGAUAGCCUCUUCUCCCGACCCUAACCCCGUUCCUCCUCCAGUUCCUCUACCUUCCGGAGAACAGAAACCUGCGCCCCCUCCCCGUCGCCGGCGCCGUAAACCGAAACGCACGGUGUUGAUUGACUCCAGACGGGUUAUUUCCAGCUGCAAAGGGACGCACACCGAUGUGGCCUUGUUCUUUGUGCACGGCGUGGGAGGCUCUCUGGACAUUUGGAGCAGCCAGCUGGACUUCUUUUCUCGGCUGGGCUAUGAGGUCAUAGCGCCGGACCUGGCUGGACACGGAGCCAGCACUGCGCCACAGAUAGCAGCAGCUUUUACCUUUUAUGCCCUGGCAGAAGACCUGCGGGCCAUCUUCAAGAGAUACGCUCGCAAACGCAACAUUCUCAUCGGCCACUCGUACGGGGUGUCUUUUUGCACAUUUUUGGCCCAUGAAUAUCCUGAUCUGGUCCAUAAGGUUGUGAUGAUCAAUGGAGGGGGUCCCACAGCUCUGGAGCCCAGCCUCUGCUCCAUCUUCCAGCUACCGUCCUGCAUCCUUCACUGCCUGUCACCAUGUCUGGCUUGGAGCUUCCUGAAAGCUGGAUUUGCUCGUCAGGGUGCCAAAGAGAAGCAGCUGUUGAAGCAGGGCAAUGCUUUCAAUGUGUCUCCAUUUGUCCUGCGAGCCAUGAUGAGCGGGCAGUACUGGCCUGAGGGCGACGAGGUCUACCAUGCUGAGCUCACUGUGCCCAUCCUGCUGGUUCAUGGCAUGUGUGACAAGUUUGUUCCCAUGGAUGAGGACCAGCGCAUGGCAGAGGUCCUUCUGUUUGCGUUCCUGAAAGUCAUCGAGGAAGGAAGCCACAUGGUGAUGAUGGAGUGUCCUGACACGGUCAACACCCUCCUACACGAGUUCUUUCUAUGGGAGCCGGACAUGUCCAGGAAAGACAGCUGCAAGACGGACUCAGAGAAGACAGUUGACACACUUAGAAUCAACCAACCUUUGAACAAAUAACCCUUGAGGAGAAAACUUCUAAGACAGAACCCAGCAGAAGGCCUUUUUGUGGGUAUUUGUUGCUAGGCUCCCAGGCUGAGAGCGAUUAAAAGCAGAGCCACAUCUUCAGGAUGUGGAUGACCGCUGGUGUGCCAAGAUAAAGCAGGAAAGAACAGAUGACGACUGGCCUGGAUGCAAACACUGUUUCUUCUUUACUUUUAAUUCCAGUUUGUGCUUCGUUGCACCAUGAGCCCAGAAGGCCUGUCCAGUCAUGACUUAUUUAUGAAAGGAUUGAUGGAAAGUGGACACAACGAGAUGUAAGAUGCUGGAAUCUCCUCACUUUAAACACGGGAAACUUAGUAAAACGGGACAAGCGGAGCUUCUGAGAAGACCCGGAGAUGAUAAUAACAAUGAUGUUUUAUCAGAUACUGAGUGGGUGAUGGUGGGAAGUUGGUGGAAGUUAUUAAGUAUAAUAUGAUAAUAAUAUACCAAUGUACAUGCAAAUUGUAACACAUAACUGCAUCACGUACUAACAAUAACUAUAUUAUGAUGCAAGGAGAAACACAGAAACUUAUGCCUCUAACAUGACUCUUCCCAUCACAGCUGAUCAGUUUACACACAUGAAUUUUCCUCGUCCUGGACAUUAAACAUGAAAAGCCAUGUUUCUGCAGCACAGUGACACAGUUUCAUCAAUUUAUAGUUGCAUGAAAACUGAUUAUUACUCAUUUGUUUAUGGUUGUAAACAAAUAUGGAUGAGAAGAGGAUUUGCUCAGCCAUUUUAAUCAGUAUCCUGAGAGAAGUGGCCCUAUAAAAAAUGUCCCAACCCACUCUGCUUUAAUCAAACCAGUGUUCCUUGUAAUGUAUGAGCAUCCGUCUGUUUAUUUGAUCCUGAAAUAACGGCAUCUUCUAGAGCAACCUGCGGUUGUAUGGACCGCAGCUGAAUGCGAAGCGGGAGAGUGUCCCUCGUCCACCCUACCUAUCAGGUGUUUGCAUUGAGCGAAGGGAGUUUGCUCAGUGAAAGAUAUUCGUUGUUGGAUGCUGUUUUGUCUCAUAGUGGGGCAGGACUUCUCUGUUGACUGGGUAGUUUGCUUUUUGAGUAGCAGAAGCUGUAAAUAGGUGGACGAGAAGCUAGCUGAAAUUCCCCAAAGAAGAAAGAUUUGUCUGCCACAUAUGCAUUUUGAGAAAAUGUGGAUGCAACAUUUUAUGCAACUGGAACAAAACUAAAAAAGCGACAAACAGAAACUUUUUUGUGACGGCUGAAAAACAUGUUCUUUGUGGACUUUUCAAAACCAAAAGUGCUGCUGAUGUUUCCUUUGGUGUAAAAGAGGAGUGACACUGUGUGGACUACAGGCUGCACAUACCUCCUAUUAUGCUAAAAGUGUGCAAGUUACACAUGCUCAUAUGUUCUGAAUCUUUUGGUGGUUAACAAAUUGUAUUCAUGUUAAUGUUACAUUUAUUAAUGGGAAUCAUGAUAUAUGCAUUGUGCGAAUGUAGAUGCAUAUAACGUUAUAUAAACAGCUGGAUUCAGUGUGUGAUUGUGCCUUUCCUGGCAUGAAGUAAAGCAAACGUUCACCUAUGAA